GACGAAAAAAAAAAAAAAAAAGAAAAAAGAAAGAAAGAAAAUAAGCUCUCUCUCUAAAAAAAACUCUCGCAAACGCUAAAAUUGAACUCUCUCUCUAUUUCUCUAUCCAAUCUCAAACAGAGCUGCUUGUUUUGUUGAUUUGUUCUUUCCAGUUCCUGGAGAGAAGGUUGAUACAGUGACCGCGGGAUUGGGGGAAUGGGGAUUCCCGCGGGGAGUGGUACAGUCACAGUUUGGUGAUGGAGGACUAUCAUAACUGUUCUUAUUCUCAAUGGAUUUUGAUGCCGGAAUAUCGAUGUCCCGAACUGCUCCACCAUCUGUGACUGACGGACCCUCUCUGUCACCGUCGAUGAACGAAGAUGCAAUGUGGCAAAUGAACUUAAGAUCAGGUGAACCAAUGGAGUCUGGGCCCUAUCCUGAGCGUCCUGGAGAGCCGGAUUGUUCUUAUUACAUCAGAACAGGGCUUUGUAGAUUUGGGGCUACAUGCCGAUUUAAUCAUCCUCCUAACAGAAAGCUGGCUAUAGCUGCUGCAAGGAUGAAAGGGGAAUUUCCAGAAAGGAUAGGACAACCUGAAUGCCAGUACUACCUAAAGACAGGAACUUGCAAGUUUGGAGCCACAUGCAAAUUUCAUCAUCCUAAAGACAAGGCUGGGAUUGCUGGAAGAGUAUCCUUAAAUAUUAUGGGGUAUCCACUUCGACCGAAUGAGAUUGAGUGUGCCUACUACUUACGAACUGGACAGUGCAAGUUUGGAAGCACUUGCAAAUUCCACCAUCCUCAACCAACUAACGUGAUGGUUCCAUUGCGUGGUUCCCCUGUUUAUCCUAAUGUCCAGUCUCCAACUACUCCUGGUCAGCAAUCCUACGCAGGGGGGCUUACAAACUGGUCAAGAGCAUCAUUUAUGACCAGCCCACGGUGGCAAGCCCCUUCAAGCUAUACACCUCUGAUUUUACCUCAAGGAGUAGUAUCUGUUCCAGGCUGGAAUGCAUACAGUGGUCAGCUAGGAUCAGUUUCAUCUCCAGAGGGUCAGCAACAAACAGGAAAUGGUCAGAUAUAUGGAACUUCCCGCCAGAGCGAAUCAUUGAAUACAGGAUCUCAAGGGGCACUUUCUCCAUAUCGUUCUGGCUCUGUCCCAGUAGGAUUUUAUGCAUUGCAAACGGAGAAUGCUUUUCCUGAGAGACCUGGUCAGCCUGAAUGCCAGUUUUACAUGAAGACUGGGGACUGUAAGUUUGGUGCAGUUUGUCGGUUUCAUCACCCAAGAGAACGACUAAUUCCUGCUCCAGACUGUGUCUUGAGUCCCAUAGGCCUCCCUUUACGUCCGGGAGAACCUUUGUGCAUCUUCUACUCUCGUUAUGGUGUUUGCAAGUUUGGUCCAAGUUGCAAGUAUGACCAUCCUAUGGGAAUUUUCACGUAUAAUCUCUCGGCAUCUUCUUCGACUGAUACCCCAGUUCGACGUUUACUGGGGUCAUCAUCAGCAUCUGCUGCAUUAACUUUAUCACCAGAAGGGCUUGUUGAAGCUGGCUCAACAAAGCCCAGGAGACUUUCAUUGUCAGAGCCUAGACAGAUGCCUUCUGGUGAUGAUAAUAUUGACACAGAAGGAUAAAUGCUACCUCAAGAUUUACUGUUUACAAUCUUUUGGUCGAUAAACAAGUGUUGUCUGUAAAUUCAUUUCCCAUUGCUGGAGAUGUACAGAGUUCAUUGCCAAGCUGAAAAAGCAAUUCAGUUGACAGACUUGUCUUUUCUGAAUUUCAUAUUGCUCCAUUGUAUAAUCUGCAAAAUAUUGUCACAUUUGGUAAAACCUGUGUGAACAUUUCAUCUCUCUGAAGGCCCAAUUUUCUGAUUUUGUGUUAAAA